UUAGGUGACAUGGGUAAAAGAAGAGAAAGGAUUAAGAUUGAAUUUUUUUUCUUCUUGCAUAAUAAAAUCUUAUCGUUACUGAUCUUUGGUUGUCUAUGAAGCGGUUAGAAUGGGAAAAUGGAUUUUCCCAUUCUUAAUGUUUUUUGUUAAGCCGGCUAAAGGAAGGGAGAACACGCUUCCAACGAAAAUGGUUCUGAAUGCAUCUAAACCGUUACUACUUGAAGGAUGCUAUAGCAAAUUUUGAGAAUAAAGCACACUUCAAGAGAACGUUGUUUCGAGCCAUUUUGAAAUUUAGCAAAUAUUCUUAUUCAGCACUACAACAUAAAUGUAUGCUCGGUGGCGUAACGGACUAAAAUUGAAUUUAGUUUAAAAAUUAGCUCUUAGCCUUUAGAGGCCCCCAGGAAAAAUUGUCUAUGUUUUAUUCACUUUGAAGCUUAUAUUUGGAUGUGAUAAACAAGGUCAAGGAGUCCCAAGACUGUAUGAUAUAUACCAGUCUGAAUAAAUGUAAAGUUUGUUCAUUACCAUGUUUUGUUUUGUAUAAUGCUUACAAAUGGCGGCACCAAGCUGAAUUGAUCAUAGGGGUCCGGCUCCCUCUGUUGCACCCAGGCCCGUAGACAGCUAAACUGGAUUAGGGGGAGGCAUGGAUAGAAAUAUAGCUUUUUCUAUACCUGCCUUGAGAAAUUCUGUCAGAUCAAGCUGCGCUUAAAAGAUCUUCAAACACGAUUUUCGCAAAUAAUUCGGGGGCAUUGCUCCCCUAUCCCCCAGUGUCCACGGGCCUGGUUACGCCAUUGUGUGUGCUCCCUUCCCCAAUACAAGUUACUUUAAAACUCUUUACUUGGCCUACAAACGUUCUACGUUGCAUGUCCUUGCAAGCCGACAGUACAUAAAUCCUAGUCCUUUGAGUCGAGUUUGCAGGCAUGAUAUUAAUGUCUCAUGAUAUUUAGUUAAUGAUUAAAAGUUAAAGACAUUUGAGACAACUGAAUUUUAAUCUCUUUCUUCACAAAGGAUUUCAAAUCUAUUGCUUGGAAGCCAAGCAUUUUCGUUAAGAAAUCCCUUUUUAUCUUCUUACUUUGAGUAAACGAUUUUCUUAUAUCUGAUUUCGUUUGACCCAUUAUUACGGUAUUUCACAGUCAUAAACAACGAAAAAAUUGCUUUUUUGAGGAGAGGUGGGGUUUACAUUUGUAGAAAACCAAUCAUGCUUACCUAGACUGGCUCAAGUGAGUUAGCAAGGUAAUAUUUGUUGUGCUCUGUUAAAACAGGGCCGGCGAAACCGGGGGCUGGGGGGCAAUGACCCCCCACUUUUCUGCAGAGCUAAAGAAAAUUUAAGGCAAAUGUAAAAAUAAAUAUAAUAUAUCAAUUUGCAAGUAACUGUUCCUAGUAUUCUCUUAAAUAUGCCCUUAGCUUUAUCUUGGUUGCUAUGUCUUUACCAAAGAAGAAAUAUAUGAAUCUAAUAUGGGAAUUCGAUCGAAGAAAUCGGUCAUUGUCUAGAUUUUACAACGAGUAACAGCUUGGCUCAGAAAAAGAUUAAAAAACCUCAUCCAGAAUAACUUGGUGCCAGCACAAAUUGACGGAGUUUUGUUUUUUCUAUUGCCUAAACUUGGCUCACACAGUCUAUUUGUUACCAACGAAUUUCUCAGAAACAUUGCAAGAAGAGAUAAAUCGCUGUUGAAGGGAAAAAAACUGAGGAGAAGAAAAUUUUUGAGGAUAUGAGAAAGACAGAAUGGACAGAUUUCUCCUACAAAAGUAACAUCAAGAAAACUUCAAAGUUUGAUUGUAUCGAUAAUCCAUUCCUACUAAGAAAGAUAAAAUCUAGACUCAAUUACAAAUUCUAUUAAAACUCUUUUUGACCAGCGCAGUUUGAAAGUUUUAAAAUCCAGAUUUUUUGUUAAAAGCAUUUAAGAUCAGAUGUUACAAAACAAUAUUCCAAGUGUUGCUUAAUCCUUUUUUUAGUUGACAGUUCUUCUGUUGAUAUUCAAUGUUUUCUAAACCUUGUUUCAUUUAUUUUUCUCCUCCAUCUUAUUUUGGGUACAUAUAAAUCUAAAAAAGAGUUUCAUUACGAGCUAUAUUAUAAAGGUUAUUCUAAAGCUUUGCAAGACCUUUCCUUUUCCAAAUCAAGAUCACAACAGACGAGACUAGGGACAUGUUGAUAAAAUAACGCUUAAAUAUACUGCCUCGGAUUUACGUUCAUUCAAAAUCCAUUUUAGACACAGUCUCUGGCCAUCCCUAAGACACAACAAUUCAAAAACUUUUCUUGCCGUCUACUAUGAUGGCGCCCUAACCUAAGCCCUUUCAAGCCUUUGAUACUUGGCCCUUCCACUUUCAAAUACGUUUCGCUGGCCCUGUAAAAGCGAUAUUUCUUUUUAUGCAUGCAAGAAAGAAUAAGACCUUUCGUGGGGUAGGACCAUCCGUAGGAUUCUGUAAAUCUUGCAAUGCCAGGUGUGGACAAUAAAUGGAUAGUAGGAACACCGCAAAACGACGAGAAACAAGCAAAUAUAAUGCAGAUAUACAAAUUUAAAACGAGCAGCCAAAGCAUUUGAAUUAAAUUAGAAGUAAACUAAUGUUUCACCCCAGCAUAUUUCUUGAUUGGCUUUCUCAUAAAGUUGGCUUAACUAAUAUAAACAGGUCAAAUGAGCUUGCUUCUAUCUCCAGGCCUAAAUGUUUAUCUAUGAUUAAUCUAUCUAAAUCUGGUUAAUCGCAUUUUUAUCACCUUUUGCGUUUAGGGUGCAAUACCUUAAAAUAUAUUUAGGUUUUAUAUUUUGAAAAGUAAAUUUAAACCACUGUUGCUCUUCAAUAGGCAGGGGCGUAGCUAGAAGUGGGGUGUAACACCCACAAUACUUUAUGGAUUCGCCGGCAAAUCUUCAGUUUGUCUGCAAAAUCCUCAGUUUGUCGGUAAAAUCAUCUAUCAGUAGACAAAAUAGUACCUAAAUUCUUCUCCAUUUAUGAUUCCAUAGGUAAUUUUUUUUAUUGAUAACCCUCCCCCCUAGUACGAAAGGUCAAGCGACGCCACUGUCAUUAGGCCUUCUUGCAUACUGCUAUUCACUUCUCUGGCAACCUUGUUUGGCAAAAAAGCCGGGAAACAAAUAUAAGUGAUUGAGAAUUACAUUAACAGGUUUGUAUGGCACAUUAGCUGUAAAUGAUAGCCAACCAACCAUAUGAUAUAAAAUAGUUGGUAAUACAUAGUUGCUCCAACCAAACCAAACCAAAGACGCCUAAAGAGCUGAUAGAAAGAUUAUCUAACAUAGUAGAAGAAUAGGUUAGGCUCUAUGUACUGUAGACACGCAAAGAUGUUUAACUUUUCACCCCCUUAUCUUAGCAGAUGUCAUUCUUUGGCCUUUAUGUCCUACUGAGAGAAUUUACUUUUAAAAAUCCUAUCUAAUAGACCGAAUUAGUUACCAAGCACUGUCAUUUUUCUAUUUUCUGUAGACAAUGUAAUUUUUCAUUUACCAUCCUUUCAUUUAAUUACAACCAACGUGCAGCCACAGAAUUCUUAUUCUGUGGUGCAGCAUAGUGCAUGAAUAAAAAAAUGUCGUAUCUUUAUAUUCAUUUCAGACAAGAUAAGCAAGAGGGUUCCUAGUACCAACACAUAACGAGUUUAUAAGUUAUAACGAAAACAGCUCUCCCUUUACCAAGCCAUGGCUGAAUUUUGAAUACUUAGGAUUGAUCAAAACUAUUUCCAUGAGAACGUGAAAAAUGCAGUACACCAAACGAAGUCCUGUCCUUUUUGGUUUCCUUUUGGUUGUAUUUUUCACGCAAGAAUCUAUUGGAUAUUGUCCUAAAGGAAGCAUCGAUAAUUUUGCAUUUUGCUGUUGCAAGAAGAUUUACAUUAUAGAGCCGUCAUCUAGUUUCUCGCCAAUACUUGUAUCUGCAACAAUAGCAUCAGAGAAUUCAUCCACAAGUUCAUUUGAAGUCAGCUCCUACGCUCCAGCAUCAACGUCUUCUAUAAACCCAAGCCCUAGUGCAAGUGUUACUUCUAUGAACUUCAGUAUUUCGCCAAACACAUCAUCGUCAGUCGCUACAGUUUUACCAACUCCUACUCCAAUUUACAGAGGAGAUGCCUGUUUUUAUACAGAUGUAAAAUUUGGGUAUUAUAAUGAAUGCUAUUGCAACGAGACCAGGUAUGAUUAUGUGGGGUUCAAUAAUUCAAACGGAUAUUACACUAAAGAUGUCAAUGCUACAGAUUUUGAUUACAAAUGCUGGAACCUACCAAAACCAAAACUAUACAUUGCUGGUAUGUUUCAGUCUGCGGAAGAAUUGGGGAAGAAGCUUCUGGUGGCUGCGGACAUGGCAAUUGAAGAAAUUAACAAAAAUGACGCUGUUCUUCCUGGCUACGAAGUCGUAAUGCUGAGACAAAAUUCUACUAAUCAUGAGAUAAGCACAGGCUCUGCAGUUUUGCUUGAUUAUCUUGCUCAAAGCCCAAAGAAGAUUGCAAUCAUUGGUCCUGAUGAUGAUGACUUGGCAAAAACUGUGGCUGCCAUUUCUAGCCUACCAAGAUAUAAAAUUUUGCAGAUAUCUUAUGGAACAAGUGCAAUUGACCUGUCGACAAACCAUGAGUCUUUUUACAGAUACUUCUUUCGUACAAAACCAUUUCUGGACUUGUUGUACAAUGCAGCAAGAGUUGAAAUGCUCAAAAAGUAUUCCUGGGGAAAAAUUGGAUUGAUCUAUAGCAAUGAUGAUUAUUACAAAAAGUUAAAUGCCAACUUGAGAACACAAAUGCAAGAAGCAAAAAUCUCAAUUAGCACUGAGGAGGAUUUUGUCACAGAUCCAUGGACCACUAUGAAACAUUUGAAGGAGAGAGACAUUCAUGUUGUUCUUGGCUCUUUCUCUGGAGAUGCAGCCAGCAGAGUCCUCUGUGCUGCCUACAAGCUGAAGAUGUAUGGCCCUCUUUAUGUCUACCUCUUUAUUGGCUAUACAAGCUUAAGGGGAAUUGAUGGGUGCACUCUGGAUCAAGUGAGAUGUGCUGCCAGAUACCAGUUCUUUUUCAACUAUGAACCAAUUACUUGCCAGCAUCACUUUGUUGCCAACUAUACCAUAAGACUAAACGAGACAUUCUUCAACACAAGUACCAACCCGGUGGCGUCUUCAGAUCAGCUAGAAGCAGCUAAAUACACAUACGAUGCAGUUAAUGCUAUUGCAAGUGUGUUGCAUAACGUUGAUCCGGACAAGAGCAAUUCCAGUAGAUUUUACUUAAACUACGCUUAUGGUAGUCGUGACUAUGGCGAGAAGUUUCGAAGUGAAAUUUUGACAUAUGACAAAUGUGGCGCAUCUAACAAUGUCAGUUUUGGUGACGAUGGAAACCGCUACUUCAAGAUCAAAAUCGUACAAAUUCUUUUUGGCGGGGGUGACAAAACUGUUGGUUGGUAUGAUGUCAAGAGAACACCAAAAUUGGAGAUGCCACAUGUUCAGUGGCCAGGAAACCAUCAACCAUACAGAGAAAUCAGUAGCUCGCUGAACUGGAGAUACAUAUCAAAAGGACUUUAUAUUGCUUAUUGCAUCUUUGCAGCCUUUGGGAUACUAUUCGCCAUAUUUUGCUUGGUAGUUCUCAUAUGGAGACGCAAACACAAAGAAAUUCGAUAUUCAUUCUACUUGCUUAACAUCAUCAUCAUAAUUGGCUGUAUCCUUGUCUACAUCUCUGUGUUCUUGUUUGGAGUUGAUAACGUCAUUUCUCCAAAACUGACAGUGGAUGAAGUUUGCAGGGCAAGACUGUGGGUAUUCUCUAUUGGUUUCGUAUUAGUAGUUGGUGGACUGAUUGCUAAACUUUGGAUUGCUCAAGAUGUACUGUCACGCAGGCUUCUACUAGAAAAGCGAAGAAGAAGGAAAAUAAUGUUUGCGAUUAUUUUCGUAAUCUUUGUGGUGAACCUAAUCCUGCUUCUUUGUUGGCAUUACAUCGAUCCACUCAAGCGUGUCAUCGAGUAUAUCAAGAAUGAAGUGAAUUAUCCCUGUGAUGUUGACAUUUGGCCGGACAACCCUUUCACCGUCAAAAUAACUGCCGUGGAACAAUGCAAGUGCAGCAAUGAUAUAAUUUGGUAUUUUAUCAUGUGCAUUUGGAAGGCUGCCCUUGUCAUUAUCGCUGUUUACUGGGCGUACCAGACCCGCCAAGUCUUCAUACCGACGAUAAACGACACCCAGAGAUGUGGCACGUGUGCAUAUGUCAUAGCUGCCUGUACUGUGAUUGGCUUUAUUAUUGCUAUGACAACAAGGCUACUUCCAGACGUCUUCUUCGGACUCGUUGGGUUCAUUAUAAUAGUCUGCGUCACCGCUGUGCUGAUCAUUCUCUUCUUGCACAAGAUUUUGCUUGUCAUCUCUUGCACAAGAAAUCGGGUUAUGGUCAUGAGUGCAACAGAAGAAGAAGACGAUUCAAACUGUUUUUCAAGGUGCUUGUCUAAAUGCAAUUGCUUUGGCUCAAUGUGUGGUUGUUGUACGCGAUGUUGCAAGGGAAAUUGCCCGAAGUGUUACCUGUGUUUGGCGGUAUGUUGCGCACCGUUCCUUGCCUGUUGUGCGCCGUUGCUUGCGUGUUGUUCUAUGUUGUUCGCAUGCUGUGGCUCGAGCUGCAGGAAUUGUUGCUGUGGACCUUCCAGCAAGAGGAAUGGCACAGAAAAGGCGGGAGAGCAGAAGUUUAUCGUCAAAGGCAUUGGUGAUGAUAAAAGUGCUGAGCUCGCAAGACUGCAGCGCGAGCUAGAAAUGAAAAACAAAUACAUAGAGCAACUGAAACGAACAGAUUUCCCGGAAGUCCGUCCAAUUUGGACCCAGACUACUGAACCCGUUAUUCUAUUAUCGGACACUUGUGAUGAUGAUACUGAUACUGAUGACAACAGCAAUGGGGAUGACAAAGGAAAAGGCGGGAAAAGAAAGAAGAAGCGAAAACUCAAGAUAUUCAGCAACAAGCUGGACUUUUCGCAUGUCAAAAGUAAAACAGACAGCAACUAUAAAACCGGAACCGCCCCUGGUCCCGGAAAAGGGACCGGCAAAAGUAAUCAGCCAGGUGCUAAUGACAAGGAUGGUGGUUAUUCUGUACUUUAUGUGAAUGCAGAUGAUUCGGGAAACAAAGAAGAAAUUGCGAAAUUGAAUAAGAUACUUGCAGAGCGAGAUGCAGAAAUAGACCGACUCAAGUAUGGCACGGGUAAAAAGAGUGAAUUUGAGACGAUCGAUAUUGAUGGAUCUAAAGAGAAGGAGGCCAUGAAAAAGGAUCUUGAGAAAGAUGAAAAGCAAGGAAGCCAAAAGAAGCCUUCUGAAGAUGACCUGGAUAAGCUUCUUAAUGAACUUGACACUGAGGAAACACCGCGGGGUAUUUACGACGGGAAUAAGGGCAAGUCGAAAAUUUUCGGACAGAAACUUGAUUGGUCGCAAAUUCCCUCUAAACUUCGUUCGGCUGGCAUGAUUUCUCACGAUGCUGCGGCCAGCAAAGGUACAACCCCAGUCAAAUCUCCACCGAAAACUAGUAAAGUGAGUCCAUCCACAAACAACUCGUCAGGUAACCUUUCUAACUCUUCUUCGCUUGAUACACAGUCAAGCAGCAAUCAAGGUGCGUAUCAGAAACGGACGCCGAAUUUCAAGAUCUUCAACGAAAGAAUCGACUACAGCAAUAUAAGAUCGAAAAUCAGGCCAAUGCUUUCGAACGACCCAUCUCGAAACUGCUCUUCGUCAAAUGAUAAUGGUAGCGUGCGUGUUUUGAACGCUCCAGUUGAUUAUGGCAAAAAGCAGCGCAAUCCCUCAACACAAUCUGUUGGAUCUUUGAAUAAAGUAGAUAAACCUAAAGACACGCAGAUCAAUAGCAAAAGUCCAGGCAUAUCUGAAGGCCCAAACGAAAUCAAUGUGACAUUUCCGUCAGGUCAGUUGACUACCCCAAGUGACAAAAGUACCAACAAAAGCACAAAACCAAGUGAGAGUGUUUUCGAUGGUGCCGCAAAAGAACCUGCCUCAGAGGGAAUCCAAAGUCAAGGAUUCAACGUAAAACUGACGCUCGAUUUAAAGACUGAAUCCGGGCCAGCUGUUAGUGAACCUGAGAAAAUGAAAUCAGAUGUAAAGAUUGUGAACGACCCGAAAGAUUACAGCCAUGUGAAAUCCAAUCUGACUUCAGAUCAAUCUCCAAAACCAAAUCCAAAACCUUCUGUCGACUCAAGGCAAUUUGAGAAACCAAUUUCUGAUGUUAAGAUUUCAAAUGAUCCAAAAGAUUACAGCCAAGUAAAGUCAAAGCUUAUCACAGAGCCCCCUGUGAAACCAAAUCCAGCGCCAUCCAUGGAAGCAAGCCAACUUGAAAAACCAAACACUGAUGUAAAGAUUUUGAAUGAUCCAAAAGAUUACAGCCAUGUAAAAUCAAAGCUUAUUGCAGACCCACCCGCGAAACCAAGUCCAGCGCCAUCCAUGGAAGCAAGCCAACUUGAAAAACCAAACACUGAUGUAAAGAUUUUGAAUGAUCCAAAAGAUUACAGCCAAGUAAAAUCAAAGCUUAUUGCAGACCCACCCGCGAAACCAAGUCCAGGGCCAUCCGUGGACGUAAGCCCUCGUGAAAAACCAAGCACUAAUGUUAAGAUUUUGAAUGACCCAAAAGAUUACACCCAUGUGAAGUCCAAGCUCAUCUCGGACCCACCUUCAAAACCAAACCAAGGGCCUUCUGUGGAAGUAAGCCCUCGUGACAAACCGAGCACUAACGUUAAGAUUGUUAACGAUCCAAAAAAUUACAACCACGUGAAAUCGAAACUCAUACCGGAUCCACCUUCGAAACCAAAUCCAGACAGUACUGUCGCAUCCAGUCCUCGCGAAAAACCCAACACCAAUGUGAAGAUAGUGAAUGACCCUAAAAAUUAUGGCCAUGUAAAAUCGAAACUAAUACCGGAUCCACCUCCAAAACCUAAUGCGGAUAAAUCAAUGGAUGCAAGUCCACGUGACAAACCGACUUCAAAUGUAAAAAUCUUAAAUGACCCCAAAAACUAUAGCCACGUGAGAUCAAAGCUGUCGGUAAUGGGGCCGCCCCCAGAUAUGAAAAAAAGCAAUGUCAAGAUUGUUAACAAGCCUGCAGACUAUUCACACGUCAAAUCAAAACUUCCUUAAGUUAUUUGAAACUGUUUAUAUCCAUAUCUUGAUGUAAAAGACAACGUAGCAUUUGCAAACAACUGUAAAUAAGCAUUCGAGGAAAUCUGCUCUAUCUUUUUUGACUUUCAAGAAAAAAUACCUAUUUUUUAUGAAUUCUCUAUUUCACCCUUACAAUGCGUCAAUUUAUCAAUCUUAUGACAAGGUCUUUAUGACGUCAUCAGUAUACUUUUAAUUCUUUUUUCGGUCAAUUAGCCGCCAAUUUAAGUUUUUUAAUUCAGGCCUUUUCGUUUUAUGCCAAAAAAAGAGAUAUAGAGCAGAAGUUUUAAAGCUUCUAUUUUUGUCGUUAUCUUUGAGUAGAAUUUCUACCAUAAAUAGCUGGUGCUCAAAAUGUUUUUUUCAUACUAACAGACUGCUUUUGACUGGUGUACAGAUUUCUAAAUGUAACCGCCAAUACAUUACCCAAACAGGGUAAAAACACACAAUUUUGCGUGACGUGUAAGUGUAUUUUGCAAUGCAGUCCAUUUACUAUAAACAUGAUAGAGACAAGUAAUUUAGAAGGGUCUUACUCAAGUAGUUAUUACUUCAUUCGCUCCUAGAUGACCUGUACUCUUUGUCGCAGAUAUACCGUAUGCUCCCCUCCCCCCAUGCUUCUCUGAACGUCACAGCUACCGAUUUUUGCAGUCGUUUUCACGCAAAUGCGCUGAUUGGAUAUUGUACAUAUUAAUGAUUUGGCGGUAAAUAUAUUUGUAUAGUCCCUCGUUUAUGAGAAGUGAUUUUAAAUGAUCGAUUUGAUUACUGAAA